AUGAAAAUAUUGGCGAUAUUUAUUUUACACAAAGAAGGAGACAAAAAAGUGAAAAUACUACAAGAUGAAUUUAAUCUUGAAAGUUUUGGUUAUUUUGAACGUAGAAGUGUACAACCACUACUUGUUUUCUCUGCACGAACAGUUACCGAACGUACUGCUUUAGGUACAAGGCAGUCAGUUGAAGCUGAUGAAAAUACUAAUGCUAUGGUUCAUGUUUAUGUGCGUCCCGAUGGUUUAGCAUCAGUUAUUGUUGCUGAUAGUGAAUAUCCACAACGAGUUGCUCAUACUCUUCUUACCAAAGUUAUGGAUGAUUUUACUAAUUCAUAUCCACCAUCUUCAUGGGCAAAUAUAGGUGAACAAACGGCUAAAAUGGCAUCACUGAGUGAAUCUAUAAAGAAAUAUCAAAAUCCGCACGAAGCUGAUCCAUUAAUGCGUCUUCAAAAAGAUCUUGAUGAUACAACAGAUAUUCUUAAAAGUACACUGGUCAAUGUACUUGAACGUGGCGAAAAAAUCGAUGACUUAGUUGCACGAUCAAGUGAUCUAAGUUUCGAGGCAAAAGCUUUUUACAAAACGGCAAGAAAAACAAAUCGAUGUUGUACUUUAUUCUAA